UCAGUCACUCAACACUCGAAUCUUCUCCUUCCUCUCUCAGGACAAUGGCGUCGGCGUCGGCGUCGGCGGCUGUGACCUUGACGGCGAGAGGCAAAGCUAUUAACGGAGCAGACGACAACGAGAGGCUGAAUAAAGAUGAGAAGAAGCAGGACAACAUGAAUCAGAAAGAGAACGUGAAGAAGAAGAAAGAGGCGUUAGGAUGGAUGGAAUGGUUGAGAGGAUGGUUGUAUAUAGUCUACGAGAUGCUGUUCCAGAGGAUUAUGGCCAGUCACUUAGCUAAUCCGAUGCCUCUUGCUCCAAUUAACGAUCUCACCUUCAUCGUCACUGGCUCCACCAGCGGCAUUGGUCGUGAAAUCGCGCGCCAAUUGGCCGAAGCCGGCGGUCAUGUAGUAAUGGCCGUCAGAAAUACAAACGCUGCUCAUGACCUAAUUCGCAAAUGGCAAGAGGAUUGGACCGGCCGCGGCCUACCGUUGAAUAUUGAGGUGAUGGAGCUGGAUCUUCUGUCGUUGGAAUCUGUAGUAAGAUUUGCGGAAGCAUAUAAUGCACGAUUGGGGCCUUUACACGCGCUAAUCAAUAAUGCUGGCAUAUUUUCCAUUGGAGAGCCACAGAAAUUUUCAAAAGAUGGGUAUGAGCAGCACAUGCAAGUGAAUCACCUAGCUCCUGCAUUAUUGUCUAUCUCGCUUUUGCCAUCCCUACUUAGAGGCUCUUCAAGCCGAAUUGUCAAUGUGAAUUCUGUUAUGCAUUAUGUCGGAUUUGUUGAUACCAAGGAUAUGAAUGUUACAUCUGGAAAAACGAAGUACACAAGUUUAGUUGGAUAUUGUGGCAGCAAAUUGGCAGAGGUGAUGUUCAGUAGUGUGCUACAUAAGCGGCUGCCUGCUGAAGCUGGGAUAAGCGUAAUAUGUGUAUCACCUGGAAUAGUUCAAACCAAUGUGGCCAGGGACCUCCCGAGGAUUGUCCAGGCUGCUUAUCGCCUGAUUCCUUAUUUUAUAUUCAGUGCUGAAGAAGGUUCUAGAAGUGCCCUGUUUGCAGCUACAGAUCCCCAAGUUCCCGAGUACUGUGAGAUGUUAAAAGCAGAUGAGUGGCCAGUCUCUGCUUUUAUUUCUCAAGAUUGUCGUCCAACAAAUCCUUCCGAAGAAUCACAUAAUGUUGAAACUGCUUACAGAGUCUGGGAGAAGACAUUGGAACUGAUUGGCCUUCCAUUGGAUGCCAUAGAGAGACUUCUAGAAGGGGAAGAAGUUGAAUGCAGAUACAGGGCUUCAAAGGAUUAGGUUUUUCUUGCAAUGGUCAAUUUCAUUUCAGGCUGGUCAAGUUGCAAGAUUCCAGACUGCAUUAGGAUGUUUGGCAUCUUCUGAACUGGUAUUCCACUGUACUUGCUUUUCCACCUGACCUGUUACAGAAUGAAAUAAAAAAUGAUAACAGCAAAUGGAUGUCCAUAUGUUUCUGGAUGUAGCUGUGUCAUUAAUGCCCUUAACCAGAAUCUUAAAGCAGGUUAAGUAAUAGACAGCAGUGAAGAACACGCAACACUAAAGUUAUAAUUAGGUCUGACCCAAGAAAGUUUUCGGUUUUGUUUUCAGAUUGUUUACAGAAUUGUACUUUAUGCCUAUUACUUGUAUCUUGAGAAAACCUCAGUUUCCACUGCUAGAUUGGAAAUCAUGUCAUUGUUACUUUGCGGGUAAGUUAUUCAGCAACAUGGUUAGAUGCAAAAAGGUAAAUCACA